CCACGCAUGCCUAGUACGUGUGCUGUACUUGCGCGGGUGGCAGUCAUGGCGGCUCGGUGUGUGAGUUUGCUGCGGCGCAGCCUCCCGGCUUUGGCGUUGUCUCUUAGACCCCAAACUAGGCCCGCUCCUCGGCUGCUGUGCACAGCUGCGAAACAGAAGAACAACGGCCAGAGCUUGGAGGAGGACGCAGGGCACAGUGAGCAGAAGGCAGACCCUCCCUCUACAGAGAAGACACUCCUGGAGGAGAAGGCCAAGUUGGAGGAGCAGCUGAAGGAGGCUACGGAAAAAUACAAACGAGCUUUGGCAGACACUGAGAACCUGAGGCAGAGGACCCAAAAAUUGGUGGAGGAGGCAAAAUUAUAUGGCAUUCAGGCCUUCUGCAAGGACUUGUUAGAGGUGGCGGACGUUUUGGAGAAGGCGACGCAGUCUGUUCCCAAAGAGGAGAUUUCGGAGGGCAACCCUCACCUGAAGAACCUGUACGAGGGGCUGGUGAUGACCGAGGUCCAGAUCCAGAAGGUGUUCACGAAGCACGGCCUCCUCAGGCUGGACCCCGUGGGGGCCAAGUUCGACCCUUACGAGCACGAGGCCUUGUUCCACACGCCGGUGGAGGGGAAAGAGCCGGGUACAGUGGCGCUGGUGAACAAGGUGGGCUACAAGUUGCACGGGCGCACCCUGCGGCCAGCCCUGGUGGGGGUGGUGAAGGGGGCAUAGCUGCCCACAGGAUUCAGGUGGGCUUUUGGUGGUCACUGCAGUAACUCUUAAAGGGCUGGUUCACCUGGUCUCCUGGCCCUUCCCCACACCUUGUUGGAAAGCUUUAGUGUCCCAAGCCUGACGGGAAGAUGAGGCGGAGUGCACAGCCGCGUUAUCGGACUGUGAUUUGGGAGCCUGUUUGUGGGUUUCCGGUACCUGUGUGACAGUUCCCAUGCUUACGGGACAGGCCUGUGGGACACCACUGGGCCCUGCAGUGUCAUGAGGAACUCUAUGUCUGCUCUGGUCGUUUCAAACUAUUUUAAACAAAUAAAAGGUCUUGGGGACUCAUGCUCUUUCACUAGUGGGCCAUGCCCGGCUGCCUGGUGCGUCCUCUGCUGCGCUCGCAGCGCUCAGCUGGGGGGCACCCGGCCUCACUGCGCUCACUCAGGGAGAGCACGGCAGGGGCUGAAACACUGUGUCCCCGGUGGAGGACACAGGCGAGUUCGUUCAUAAUUACCAUCUAGCUGCUAGGAAAGAGCAACUUCUGGCUUCUCUUCAGAGGUGUGAAGUGAGCAUAGGAACCUCAGUGGUUCUCACGACCCUAUUCUGCCCGUAACCAAAUGGGACAGAGUCCACUUCUGCCAUCUGUUCGUCUGCUCCUAGAAAAGUCUACAUCUUACAUUCAACCAGGUACUGACGAUCUAAGGGGUGUCCCCUGUAAGACGGACUUCCUCAAAAUCCAAGGACUGCAUGCUUGCUGGAUUUGAAAUGUUUUGUUUUUUAAUUCUGUUCAAGAGGAUUAAAGCCCUAGCAUUUA